AUGUCCAUUGUCAACAUCAGAUAUGGAUAUGUGACAAAUACUAAAGUAAARUUUUUUGUUGUGAUAGACUCUAGCAACUUGUUACUAAGAGAUAAUGAAAUACGUUUUAUGUUCCGAAAAUUGCAUACAGCUUAUACCGAUUUAAUGUGUAAUCCUUUUUAUAUUCCUGGAGAGUAUAUUACAUCUGAGAAUUUCAACAUUGGAGUCCUACGAAUCUAA